UAGGUUAGCUAUGAAGAGGACUGUUUCUUGUAUAUUUUUUUCAAAUGUUCAUGAAGAGCGAUAAGCAGUUUGAUAAAGUUUAAUAGUUAGUAAUCAUUCGAUGCUGGAGAAAACAAACAUUUUGUAAACCCUAUUUAGGUCGAAAAGCUAUACACCCAUUUUUAGGAUAUAAGAAGCGCAAUACGAAUACGGAAAAUAAACGAUACAGACGAUUCAUCUUGGAUUCGUUAGAAACCUGCAUAUAAGUGUUUGUAUGUGCAAAGGUCGAACAGCAUUGAUUCAAUAUACCGUGACCGUGAAGAUGGAGAGGAAAGCGGAACAAAGCAAAACAUUCUGUGUAUAGAUGAACGUUGAUCUGCGCCGGUAACAAGAAACAACAACGCAAGAUAUGGUUGUCAGUUUUGAAUAUUUUAUUGCGAAGAACGAAAGUUUUUAUUUCAAACAUUUUUUACUGAAACCCUCGUUAAAGCCAAGUAACUGUAUCGUUUCCAUUGAGUUUUAUAGCCAACUGUAAUCACAAACCAACCAUGCAGUUACCUGCAAUUUGUUUCAAAAUAGAAGUGAAUACACUGGCAACACAGGCGCUAAGCUGUAAUUACCAUUUGUCGUGGGAAAAUGUUGGGAUCGUGAGAAAGUUCAGAAAAGGUUUACGACAUCGAUUGAACCGAAACGCAUAAUACAAACAAUUCACAGUACGGCCUCACCAUGGCAAUGUCGAAGGGAUUCCGUGUGCUUGAAAAAUCGAAACCACCUUCACCGCACAGUGUACUGUUGGAGCAUCGGAACAAAUCGGAAACGCUGCUAUUCGAGUCGCAGGCAGUAGCAGUUCUCUCUGAUCAGGAAACGGAAAUCGUUCGCAAGCAAUAUACCAAGGUUCUAGAUGCAUACGGAUGCCUCGGUGUGCUCCAGCUGAAUGCUGGCGACAGCUCUCUACUCUAUCUGGUGAUGGUCACCGGUUGCUUCUCGGUCGGCAAAAUACUGGACAAUGAAGUAUUCCGCAUCACCCAGACCCAGUUCGUUUCGCUGCAGUACCAACCGACGAACGAAGAUCGAAUCUCGGAAAUCCGAAAGGUCCUGAACUCGGGCACAUUCUACUUUUCGUUCACGAACGUUUCGGCCAGUAACAAUAUGCAGUUGGCAAGCGGAGGAUUCAAUUUCGAUAUUACACUAUCGGCGCAAAGACGUCGAAGGACCACUGAAACGGAUAACCGGUUCUUCUGGAAUCGGAUGCUGUUUAUUCACAUGUUACGAUUCGGGGUAGAGUGCGAUUUUUGGCUGCUGAAGGCAAUGUGUGGAUCGGUUGAGAUCAGAACGGUUUACGCCGGAAGUAAGCAAGCCAGAGCUUCUAUUAUAUCAAGAUUGAGCUGCGAGCGUGCAGGAACACGAUUUAACGUACGCGGAACAAAUGACGAAGGCUGUGUGGCAAAUUUCGUGGAAACGGAGCAAUGUAUUUACCUUGACAAUGAGAUAUCGUCGUACAUCCAGUCCAGGGGAAGUGUUCCACUGUUUUGGGAACAGCCUGGCGUUCAGGUGGGGUCCCAUAAGGUGAAGCUAUCGCGUGGUUUUGAGGCAUCUAGAUCAGCAUUUGAUCGUCAUAUGACUACCAUGAAAUCCCGCUACGGUAAGCAAGCAAUAAUAAACCUUCUCGGAACAAGUUUGAUUGGCAGCAAGGAAGGUGAAGCUAUGCUGAGCAACGAGUUUCAGCGACAUCACAAGGAAUCCAACCACACGGACGUGCCGCAUAUAGUUUUUGACUAUCACCAGGAAUGCAGAGGUGGCAAUACUAGCGCGCUGUCCAAGCUGAAGGCCAAAAUCGACGCCAUGUGCUCGGACUUUGGCCUGUUUCAUGCCGUCGGAGAUAGUGUGUUCCGUGAGCAAAAAGGUACCCUUCGAACGAACUGUCUGGACUGUUUGGAUCGAACCAACUGCGUUCAGACCUACAUUGGGUUGGAGAUGUUGAACGAGCAAAUUUCCCAGAUGUCUGCCCUGUCAGACAAGAAGCAGCAGAUUGCUUCUCGGUUUGAGGAAAUUUUCCGUCAGAUGUGGAUCAAUAAUGGCAACGAGGUAAGCAAAAUUUACGCCGGAACCGGUGCCAUACAGGGUGGAUCCAAGUUGAUGGAUGGCGCACGAUCGGCAGCUAGGACAAUCCAGAACAAUCUGCUGGACAGCUCAAAACAGGAAGCCAUCGAUGUUUUGCUCGUCGGGUCGACUCUCAGUUCAGAAUUGGCUGACCGUGCAAGGAUUCUGCUUCCCUCGAAUAUGCUGCAUGCACCGACACCAGUGCUACGAGAAAUGUGUCGCCGUUACGAGGAGUUUGUCAGUCCGCUCGAUCUACGCAUUGCAUGCGGAACGUACAACGUUAACGGUGGGAAGCACUUCCGAAGCGUUGCCUACAAGGAUGUAUCGCUUGCCGACUGGUUGCUGGACUGCCAUCGUCUGGCACGAUCAAAAUCCUUGGUCGAUGUUACCCAUCCAGAAGAUAGCAAUGAACCACCAAUAGAUGUAUUCGCUAUUGGAUUCCAGGAAAUCGUGGAUCUGAAUGCUUCUAAUAUUGUAGCGGCGAGUUCUGACAACGCAAAAGCAUGGGCUGAAGAGUUGCAGAAGGUUAUCAGCAGAGAUGAAGAGUAUGUCUUGCUAACCUACCAGCAGUUGGUAGGUGUUUGCUUGUACAUCUACAUUCGACCUCAGCAUGCACAAUACAUUCGCGACGUGGCCAUUGAUUGUGUGAAAACGGGCUUGGGAGGAGCCACCGGCAAUAAAGGCGCUGCAGCGAUUCGUUUUGUCAUCCACGGAACAUCGAUUUGCUUUGUAUGUGCUCACUUUGCUGCUGGUCAAUCACAGGUCGCCGAACGGAAUGCGGAUUAUGCUGAAAUCACUCGAAAGAUUGCAUUUCCAAUGGGCCGAUCGUUGAAGUCGCACGAUUACAUCUUCUGGUGCGGUGACUUCAACUACCGUAUCGAUAUGGAAAAAGAUGAGCUGAAGGAUUUGCUAAAGCAAAACGAUAUAGGUGGGGUAUUGCAGUACGACCAGUUGAGAAUCCAGCAGAAUACUGGAAGCGUAUUUAACGAUUUCUUGGAGGGAGAAAUCUCGUUCCCUCCGACUUAUAAAUACGAUUUGUUCAGCGACGAUUACGAUACGAGCGAAAAGUGUCGUGCUCCUGCUUGGACGGAUCGAGUAUUGUGGCGACGUCGCAAGCAGAGUCCGGAUGCAGAUAAACAUCCAAACUGGAACCCUGGCAAUCUGGUGCACUACGGACGAGCAGAACUGAAACAAAGCGAUCAUCGGCCGGUGAUUGCGAUAAUUGAUAUAGAAAUUUGCAAGAUCGAUCAGCAACGAAGAUCGCAAGUGUUUAACGAUGUGAUCAGAGAUUUGGGACCACCGGACGGAACUAUUUUAAUACAAGCAACGAAUGUUUCCAGUUGUGCAGAUUCCGGCGAUGAGGAUGAGGGCAGUAUUUACGACGAGAACUUGAUGAGUGCGCUGAUCCAGGAAUUGACUCAGAUCGGAGAAGUUACUUUGGUGCGAUUCGUCGGCGAUACCAUGUGGGUUACUUUCCGCGAUGGACAAUCGGCCUUGACUGCCGCCCAGAAGCAGUUUGUUCAAGUUUGUGGAGUAAACCUAACAAUCAAAUUAAAAACCGAAAACUGGAUCCAGCGAGUUGAACAGGAGAUUUUCCUUUGCACACCCAAUACGGUCACUUUCUGUGACAGUCAAAUAGGCGAUUACAACAGUCUUGGCAUUCCGGAGGUUCCUUCACGACCAAAAAGCCCUCCCGCUCAACAGCAAGCUCCUCUCAGACCAGCCCCACCCAAUAGACCACCUCUUCCCAAGUCACCGCAAGCUUCGCCAAAACAUCAGCCACAACAACCUCCUCAACACCAUCAUCAUCAUCAUCAUCAUCAUCCGAAAGCAGGUGUCAUCAGUUUGGGUGCUGAAGUGCUUAUGGCAUCCAAAUUGCAUCAAAAACCGGCAGUUCCACCUUCGCCACUGCUGCCCUCGUCGGCAACAACGAAAACCACUCCUCCCAUUGAGGAAUAUGCUAGCUCUAGUCCAAUACUUGGUUCUCCAGCGCAUGGAUCAUCACUGGCCAACACACCUCUCCAGGAUACAGGCGCAAUCUAUGAAGAAAUCAAUGACGACAUUGCCAUACCAGAACCACGAGGCCCCCCACCGCCACCACCGCGCUGUGAUGUGUACGAUCUGGACGUGGUCAGCAACAACAAAUCCAACAAAUCAUCUCCUCCGGGUACCUCCGGGGGAAGCUCAGGUGCAGGAUCGCCACAAUCAUCCAUUCCAGCUGGCGUAGGAAUGUCAUCGCAAGCUCCUCCUAAGACUAAUCCACCUCCUUUACCCGUUCGUCGGGGUGUCCCUCCACCAAUACCAAACAGAAGUGGCGGAGCACCUCCACUUCCAGCUCGACCCAAUAAUCCGUAAAUGGAACAGAUCAUCCAAAGUUUAUGAUUCAAUCAGUCAAUAAUCUCCUAUAGACUAUCUGAGAGAGUUUUACUAAUAACUGUCAUAGUAUUUAAUCAUCCAGUAGCUAUCCAUAGAAACUGAGAACUGUUAUUAUGAGGUAAAGCUUAUCCGGAGAAAAGAGACAUAUUUAAGCGGUAACCACUUGACUGUGCAUGUUGCAUUGAAUAUAAUAUCAAAGAAGAUAUUUACUAGGCAAAACUUAACACAUUCCACAAUUUAUUUGCACGUAGGUUUUAUUAGGUAUUUAAACGGCAUUCACUGCAAUCAUGUUAUGUGUAUCAUUGAGGGAGCAGCUUUAUGUGUAUAUUUCGUGUAUUUAUUUAAAUUAUGGGUUGGAUCAGCAGAAAACUGAAUGUUCGAAUAUUGCAAAAAUGCUCACCACCUCCGUUGCAUGAGUUUCGAUUGUAAAAUAAAAGUUAUGGAUUCUUUAAUGGUUACUUUGUGAUUCAUUGAAAAAAGUUUGUGAAUGUGGUACAAUAAGCUACACUAUUGUGAACAAAAUCAAAUUAUUAUUGUUAAUAAUUGCUGUAAACAAAUGGAAGUCCCAUUAUCUCGAAUAAAAGGUAAACCAAUUCAAUAGCUAUUACCGCGUAAUAAGUAAUGUUUUUAUUGAAUUCAUAAUCGUGUAUACAUAAAAAGGUAAGAACAUUAUCUAGUGAAAUAAUAUUGCAAUGAAAUAAACGCCCAUAGAACAACAGCAAACAAUUAUUAAGUAUUGAUCGAUUGUACCUAUAUCAGCCGUUAUAGAAAACAACAGAAAUAAACUAUUCAAAAUAGCAAAUCCUCUUCUAUGGUUUCUUCGGAUUCCA